AUGGCAGUGUUCAACGCCGCCACGGCGGAAGAGGCACGCCGGCACCGGGCGGAGGAGAUUGGUGAGUGGUGGCAUGCAGAGCGGGAGCAGCGGCGCUGCCGUGCGGACGAGAUGAAGAUGCGGUGGCGUGCGGACGAGUUGUACGAGCGGCGGCGCGUGGAGGAGUUGCGGGAGUGGAUGCGGGAGCUCCAUCAACGGCAGCGGCAGGGGGCGCUGGAGCAUCAACUACGGGAGGAGGUGGCGACAGCGGAAGCGGCGGCCUGGUCCGACAACGACGGGCCGGACCCGGAGGAGGCGGUGGCGCAUCAACAGGCGCUCCUUGAGUCGUUCGAGUCGCAGAAGAAGCUGCAGGACGACGCCCGUGCCCGCGAAGAGGAGCAGGUCCGUCGUGUCGUCGAACUCUCCCUCCAACAGGAGCAGCUAGGGAGGGUAGGCGACGAUGCGGCGAACGAGCACCGGCGUCUUCUCGUCACGCUCCGUAGGAGGAGGCGACGCGCGGCGCAGGAGCUGCGGCGGAGGGGAGGCGACGACAGGGCGGGGCCGUCAAACGCACCGCUGGGCGGCCAGUAG